CCUCCCUCGCUAUACCUUUAAAACCACGCAGUGCAUCCGUUCUGGUCAGUUUCACCAAGUCCAUUGACGUCAGUGAAGAGCCACAUGAUCAGGCGGAGACCAACCAGACGGACAGAGUUUCUGCAAUGUUCAUCGCCUGCCUCCUCUACUAAGAUUAUCCUCAUUGGAACCGUGACGUCUCGCCUUUGUCUCCUUAUUUUGGAAGGGGGUUGAAUAUCGGCCGCGUUCUUUAUUGUUGUUUUGCUCACAGGGUGGUGGUUUAGCUGGAAAAGACCAUGGCUUUGUUUUACACAGCGCAGUCCUAGGACCACGGGGAGCGCAGGAAGCGGCUGUGAAGGGUGUUCUCUACUGUGGACGCCGAGCCUCCUCUCUCCUCUUCCACCACCACCUCCUCCUCUCGGCUUGCGGGGACUGCCAUGGAUUUCAACAGCAGCAACAGCGGCGGCGGCGAUCACACACAGGGCUCGGAGGACAAGUCUUGCCUUCUGCCCGAGACCUCGGCUUCGGAUCUCAACAAACUGGGAGCAGCGCCCUGCAGGCGAGCUAAUUACUGUACGAACGGCAUGAGGUAUAAACUGCUGCAGGAGGGGGAUAUACAGGUGUGUGUGAUCAGGCAUCCCAGGACAUUUCUCAGCAAGAUCCUCACCUCCAAAUUCUUGCGGAGAUGGGAGCCUCACCAUCUGACCCUGGCUCAUAACAGCCUUGCUUCAGCCACGCCUGCCGGUUACAUGGAGAAUGCCAUUUCAUACAGUGCUAUUGAGGACGUACAGCUGUUAUCAUGGGAGAAUGCACCUAAAUAUUGUUUGCAGCUCACCAUCCCUGGAGGCACUGUUCUUCUGCAGGCGGCAAACAGUUAUCUGCGAGAUCAGUGGUUUCAUUCGCUGCAGUGGAAGAAAAAGAUUUACAAAUAUAAAAAGGUACUUAGUAACCCAAGUCGGUGGGAGGUUGUGUUGAAGGAGAUCCGGACUCUGGUGGACAUGGCACUUUUCUCACCUCUUCAAGAUGAUUCCAUUCACCAAGCGCCCUUGGAAAUAGUCUCGAAGCUCCUCUCUGAGAACCUUAAACUAACAACCCAAGAGCAUGAAAACAUCAUUGUGGAAAUAGCACCUUUGCUGGAAAACAACCAUCCUCCACCAGACCUCUGCGAGUUUUUCUGCAAGCAUUGCAGAGAGCGACCUCGAUCGAUGGUUGUCAUCGAAGUCUUCACACCUGUGGUUCAGAGAAUCCUAAAACACAAUAUGGAUUUUGGCAAGUGUCCUCGAUUGAGACUUUUCACUCAGGAAUAUAUUCUUGCUUUGAAUGAGUUGAAUGCUGGCAUGGAAGUGGUAAAAAAAUUCAUUCACAGUAUGCAUGGUCCAACCGGUCAGUGUCCCCAUCCAAGGGUCCUUCCGAACCUUGUAGCUGUCUGCUUAGCUGCCAUUUAUUCUUGUUAUGAAGAAUUUAUAAACAGUCGUGACAAUUCCCCCAGCCUGAAGGAAAUUCGCAAUGGCUGUCAGCAGCAGUGUGAUCGGAAGCCGAACAUGCCCCUCCGGCACUUACACAGCAGUCCUGACCUUGUGUCGCAGGAGGUCAACUCCGACGCCAGGAUGAAAACCAUCAUCGUGAACUCAACCGAGAUCCAUGUGGAACUGGGGAGGAGCAACAUGGUGAAUCAGAAACUGAAAGGAAGCACCAGCAGUAGUACCACCAGCACCAGUACCUGCACUAACAGCAGCAGCAGCAGCAGCAGCAACAGCGACAGUGAGCCCAGCCUCAUUGACUGUUUGCUGGUCAGCCCCACCUGUAGCACGAUGGUCAUCGAACUGAGCUCGCAGGCUGAGAGAGUCCUGGGCUGCUAUGUGGAAAUCCUCAAAAUGCUGUCAGAUUAUGAUGACUGGAGACCUGCGCUUGCCAGCUUGCUUCAACCCAUUCCCUUUCCCAAAGAGGCCCUCGCACAUGUUAAGUUCACAAAAGAAUUAAAGUAUGUCAUUCAGAGAUUUGCAGAAGAUCCCAGACAAGAAGUCCAUUCCUGUUUGCUGAGUGUUCGGGCUGGCAAGGAUGGUUGGUUCCAGCUCUACAGUCCGGGAGGUGUAGCCUGUGAUGACGAUGGAGAGCUUUUUGCCAGUAUGGUACGUGUUUGCAAUAACGUUCACAUCUUAAUGGGUUCCUGUUACAAAACAAAGAAGUUCCUGUUAUCUCUGGCUGAGAACAAGCUGGGGCCUUGCAUGCUGCUGGCUUUGAGAGGAAAUCAAACAAUGGUAGAGAUCUUGUGUUUGAUGCUUGAAUACAACAUCAUAGACAACAAUGACACACAGCUUCAAAUAAUUUCCACAUUGGAAAGCACAGAUGUCGGAAAGAAAAUGUACGAGCAGCUAUGUGAUAGACAAAGGGAGUUGAAAGAGCUGCAGAGGAAGGGAGGACCCACGCGACUAACACUGCCAUCAAAAUCCACCGACGCAGACCUAGCCAGACUUCUCAGCUCAGGGUCUUUCGGAAAUCUGGAAAACCUCAGCCUGGCCUUUACUAAUGUAACGAGUGCCUGUGCAGAGCAGUUAAUCAAACUGCCAUCGCUCAAGCAGUUGAACCUAUGGUCCACCCAGUUUGGAGACGCGGGGUUGCGGGUUCUUUCAGAACACCUCACAUCGCUGCAAGUCCUGAACCUUUGUGAGACGCCAGUCACAGAUGCAGGUCUCCUGGCACUCAGCUCAAUGAGGAGCCUGUGCAGCUUGAACAUGAACAGCACCAAGCUGUCUGCUGACACUUACGAAGAUCUCAAGGCAAAGCUGCCCAACCUGAAAGAGGUGGACGUCCGUUACACAGAAGCCUGGUGAAUUCCUCCUGUGAUGGUCACCGAGAAAAGAUUAUUUUAUGGAAGAAUCAGAAGAAAAAAACGAAACUUUUUUCCAGCAUUUUUACCUUGGGUCAGGGAGUGCUGAAAUCGCCAGCUCGGGUUCUUUCACCAGAGGCCUGUACACUGCUGGGUUCUUUGUGGACCCUGGUUCAUUCUUAAUGCUUUUUGAUUUCAGAAGAUGAAAAAAUGUGUAGCAGCAAACCGGCCACAAGAGGAACCUCCCUGGUCAUUAAUUGCCUUUGUGCUUGCGCUGUGUGUGAAAAGAUAUAUUCCUCUCUUGUUUAUUUCGUCUACUUGAACGGACCAAUGUCAAACCAAUUUGGAAGUUCGCUCGAUUGUCUUUGGCUGAAGAUAGCAAUUAUUUGAUGGAUACGUUACCUUUGCCAUCCCAAAUCCUUGCAGUGAUAUGCAAAGUGAUAAUCUUUUUUUGUUUUGUACAUAAAUUUUACAUAAACACACAUAUUUAAAAAUUGUUCACAUGGCAGGUCUGGGACCUGACACUUAUUUAUGGAUUGUAAUUCUUUUACCUGGUUUUUUGCGUAUAGUACUGUAAAAACUAGUUAUUUUUGGCUGUCUGGUAGCCUGGAAGCUCUCGUGGUUCCCGCUUUGCCUCAAUGAACUUUUUUGGAUUACUGCAACUCGUGCAAGAUUCGGAAAACAGCAAAGGGUAACUUUUCUGCUUCGCCUCCAAUGAAGAUACUGGAACUUUGAAGGAGAAUAAGUGACAGACCUUUCUUUACAAAGACCAAAUUGCCAAUCGUUUUUCUGAAGUUGUGAUGAGGUUCCACCAAAACUAUCUGCAUCCAAGAGUUUUAACAAAAAAUAACUUUGUAACUUCAUGUUUUUCUGAAAUGGUUCACCCUAUUUAAAUGUUCUCCCUUCCCUCUCUCCAUGUCUAGUGCAUAGUUCCAACAUGCAUGUAUGAUUUGCAUGGCCCUCAUAGAGAUUCUCCUGAUAAAACCAAUAGCUUCACUUUUUGUUUGUGAUAGCAACCACUAUAAGCAUUCCUUGCACUCAUGGAAUGCCUUUAUUAUUUUCCGUUACCCUCAUUUCAAAUGAGCCAUUGUUGUACAGAGCAAAAUUAUCUUUGUCAUUUUUGGCAUGGUUGCUACAUUGCAAAAUUUACAGCAUCUCAGAAAAAACAACAACAGACACACACGCAAGAAAAGAUUGUAACAUGUACCUUUUUAUUUUGUUUUGUAUGUAAAUUAUCCAGAAUGGAGGUCAGGCUUCUUUGUUUUAUACCUUUGUUGCCGGGUAGCUUUUUCACUUUCCCUUUUGUUUUGAAUUGGUUAAGUCUUAAUCAGGUUCAUGUUCCAGAGUGCUGCAUCGAAUCUCAUACUGCAUGAAGAUGCAGGCGUGAAAAAAAAAAAAAGUUUUAGAAAAAUGAAACGCAUCCAUUGUUUAUCAUCAGCACUGUUGCUUUUAUCAGAUGGUUUACUACUGUUCUGUAGCUGUUGUACAAAGAGAUGUGAAAUAAUUUCAGGCAAAAUAAACAGUCAGUGAAUAUCUUUCAA